ACCAAAUAGCCACUCCUGCUGGAGGGAUCAUCUGUGUGUACAGCCAACCUGUCCUCCUUCAACUUCACUGUUCCUUGGCUAAGUAAGGAAUUUAUUCCUAAUACAUCAAGUCAUUUAAAUUUUACGGCUAGAAAUUGGUUUACAUGACCACACAACUAGGUUCUCCACUGGGGAAGGAGAGUAUAAAUUCCGUCUCCCCAAAUUGAGAAAAAGAAACAUAACUAAUUUCUGCAACAGUAGAAGCAGCUGGGUGAGAAGAGCUAUAAGAUAUGGUUCAUAUUUGCAGGAAUGUUGCAGUACUGUAGCAUGUGGCAUGUCAUUUGCCAACCCUAGAGAGAGCCAUUGGCUUCAGUCAUAAUCUAAUUUGCAAAUAUCCAAAUUCAUUCUCUAUAUUCCCAUGUUCUUACCCGAAUUUAAUUUCAUGGAUACAGGUUAAGAUAAGAGAAUUUCAAAGCGGAACAUGAUGCUGUAGCAGCAACUCAAUGCUUAAACGGCAACAAGAAUAAAAGUCCCUAUUAACUAUAAAUACACCACUGCAAGUUCUAUAAGUACAGUUUUGUUGUUUUGCAUUUCCUUCAGGCUUUAGGUGAGUAGAAGGUGAAGAGCAAAAAAUAAGUAGAAGCAAGAGGUAGUGAGGAAAGCAUUAAUCGGGCAACGAUGAAGGCUGGCAGUGGUGGUGGGUUUGGAGAAGUUUGCAGAAAGUUCAAGCCACACCUGUUGAUGAUUCUGACACAGAUUUUCUAUACUUUCCUUUAUUUCAUCACUGAGGCUUCCUUCAACCAUGGCAUGAAUCCGAAUGUCUAUGUAACGUACCGUCACGUUGUGGCUGCUGUGGUCAUGUUCCCCUUUGCAUAUUUCCUUGAAAGAAAGCAAAGGCCUAAACUGACACUAGCCCUCUUCCUGGAGAUCUUCCUUCUGUCUCUAGUCGGGGUGGGUUUUGCCUUGAACAUGUACUUUCUGAGCCUGAAAUACACAUCUCCAACUUUCGUUGCUUCAAUGGUCAAUACUGUAGCUUCUAUCACAUUUGUUGCUGCAGUUGUGCUAAGGUUGGAGGCACUUGAUAUUCGAAAUCCUCGAGGAAUAGCUAAAGUUGCAGGGACCUUGGUUUCUUUGUCCGGUGUAAUGACCAUGACACUGUACAGAGGUCCAAUCAUCGAACAGCUGUGGAAUCCUCUGGUUCAGAUACAAGGGAAAGCGAGCAACAAUCACGAAAGCUGGGUCAAGGGUUCAGUUCUCACUGUGGCGAGCUGCAUUUUAUGGUCGUUUUGGUACAUUAUGCAGGCAUUAACACUCAAGAGAUAUCCUGCUCAGCUGUCCCUCACAGCUUGGAUGAGCGCGUUGGGGGCUGCGCAAUCCGCAGUCUUCACAGUCAUUAUAGAGCAUAACAAGUCUGCUUGGGCGAUUGGUUUCAAUAUUGAUCUAUGGUCUACCAUCUAUGGUGGAGUGGUAGUGUCAGGAUUGGUGGUAUUCAUUCAGCUGUGGUGCACAGAAGAGAAAGGGCCCGUCUUUGUUACCACCUUCAACCCUCUUUCAGCGAUUCUGGUGGCGAUUCUAGCUUACUUCAUCAUGGGGGAAGAGCUCCACCUGGGAAGCAUAAUAGGUGCCGUGGUUGUGAUAGUUGGCUUAUAUUUGCUGCUUUGGGGGAAAGAAGGAGAUCAAGAAGCUCAGAGCAAAGCACAGAGUCUUUCUGCUAAUAGUGAGCAGCAAAAGGAAGCCAAUAUACAGAUAAUUACUUCUAGGGAAUCUUAGUUGUCGCGUGGGGAUUCUUAAUAACUCAUCAUGUAUUUAACGAAUGAGCUAGAAAAUCUAUAUAGGGGUUUACUGACAAGUUCCAGAGCACAAGACUUCUGGGACAAUCGGAAGUUUCUUGAAUCUCUGAGUCCUGCGAGUUGUGCUUAAACUUUUUAUGGUGUUCUCUCUCCUUUUACUAUGAAGAGAGAAAUAAUGUGAUAAAGUUUUCUUUUUAGGGAAAUAAGUUUAUUUUUUUUUUAGUACCACGAAGUCAACGUGUAAUUUAUUAAGUGCUAUAAGAAGUUACUACAUACAUCAGAUUGAUCGAGAGACACUAGGAGAAUGAUGAUUAUUCGACUAUUUAUUCAUCAAGACAUGAAAAUGUAUUUGCUAUAAUCAAUUCUUUUUAGGAAGGACAAACACAAUCAGGGGUGGAAAUCGGACGGUAUCGGUAUCCCAAUACCAAAUAUCGAAAUUUUGAAUAUUGAAUUACGCAUUAAAAUCAAUCUCAAUCUCAAUAUAAUUAUUUCGAUAUC